AUGAAUAACACUACAAUGUGGCUAAAUUUAACAGAUGUGAACAUAUCAAAUAAUAAAAUUGAUGUGUUGCCGAAAAAAUUGGGCGCUUUUCAUUGUCUUCGACGGCUUAAUUUAUCACAUAAUUGUUUGAGUCGAUAUUCUGGAUGGGUAUGGCUAAAAGAAGCACGCAUUAAGAGAACUUUACAUUUUCUAGAUAUAAGUAACAAUUCGUUGCUCGAAAUAUCGGAAUACAUUUGGAGUUUGAAUGCAUUAGUAGAAUUGAAAAUGAGUCACAACUUGUUGGGACGUUUACCACAGGGCAUUGAAAAGGUUCGAAAUCUUAGUAUUUUGGAUUUGUCGCAUAACAUGUUAAUGUAUCUACCAGCAGGGCUCACUUAUUUGCGACUGCAAACUAUAAAUAUUUCAAACAAUCCAUUAGAAGUCAAACCCACAAUUUGUGUUGAAAAAAACCCAAGCCUUACUAUGUUUGCAGCAACGUCACUGCAGCAAUAUUGCAGAGAUAAACAUAUAAUUUUUCGAUGGGAUAAAUUGAAUGAAUAUAUAAGUAGAAAAAAAUUCGAGAAUUGCUACUGUUGUGGAAACAUUUGUAAACCUUCCUACAUAUUCAAAGCGCAGCAAUUGGAACCUAUAAUUAAAAUAGCUGUAAACAUAAUAAGAGAGACAUCAGAAUUACCAGUAGUAUUAUAUGAAUAUUACUGUUGCUUUCCUGAAUGUGACGAGGAGGAUUGA